AUGACCAGACCAGAAACUUUUCUUUCGAAUAAAUUUUCGUCUUGUUGCUCUCUGACUGUUCAUUAUCUAUCUAUCUAUCUAUCUAUCUAUCUAUCUAUCUAUCUAUCUAUCUAUCUAUCUAUCUAUCUCGUUCUUUUAUCUCUCUGUAUUUUUCUUUGUAUAUAUCUAUCCCGAAAUUUGAUAAUAGUUCUCACUGACUGUUCAUUAUCUAUCUAUCUAUCUAUCUAUCUAUCUAUCUAUCUAUCUAUCUAUCUAUCUGUGGGUAGUGUAACAGAAAAAUCAUACAUUUUUUACUUAUCUUUUUUUCCCUACUGCUUUCAUUUUUUCUUUUUUUUUCUUUUUCGAUAUUAUGUUUUUUUAUGUUAUCUUUGCCUUACAUUUUAUUCUCCAUUUUCUUUCUUAUUCUGCUUUGCUUUUUCUUUGAUUAUUUUCUUCUUUAAAUUUUUCUUUUUUGUUUUCAUCCUCGUUCUUUCUUUUUCUUUUUUCAUUCUUUUUUCUUUCAAUUUAAUUUUCAUUCCUUAUCUUUUUACUUGUUUCUUCUUUUUCUUCGUGUUUUCCUCUUCCUUUCUUCUUUUUCGUCGUUUAUUUUUCGAUUUUUUCCGUUUUUUUUCUUCCGUUUCUCAUUUCGUUUUGUUUUCAUUCAUCUUCCUUUUUCUUCAUGCUUUCAUUUUUUCAGAAUUAUAUUUUUCAUUCUUUCUUUUUCUUCGAUUCUUCUUCUUCUUCUUCUUCUUCUUCUUCUUCUUCUUCUUCUUCUUCUUCUUCCGGAUAAACCCAGAUAAUUGUUUUCGUUCUUUUUCUUCUUCUGAUAAUGUUCUUUUUUUUUCUCGUCCCAAUGCAACCAUUUAUUCUUUUCUUCUUUUCCUUCUUCCAUUUUUUCCUUUUAUAUUCUUUUGCCAGCGUUCAUUUUCAUUCUUCGCAACAUGUUAUUCAUCUAAAACGCUCUAA